GCACCGUAACCCGAUGUCGUCAUCACUCCGCGACCCAGCGUGUGCAUUCUCACGCGUAUCAGCUUGUCUUGCUACUUACUAGCUUCCACUUAUUCGGCUUUUUUAAUCAAUACGCCACACAUUUGGCUUAUUGGCAGUUAUUUACGAAGAAGACGCAGCACGCACAACCCGGGAGUCUCCGUGGAGGAUAAAAAAAAUGACUCCAUCCAUCAAAAAAAAUCUGUUGGACAAGUUUCGGCUCAACGCGUCUCUGAUGUUUAAAGACAGCUGCCCAGAAGCUUCACGAUACUUCCUCAAGCAGCAUUUCACGCAAAUGGAGACCGAAGAGGAUGUACCGCCACCCGCAAUCGACCAGACCGCUGUGUGCGAGCACUGCUAUCAGUGGCGGCGGCCCGACAACCACCGUGUGAGGUUGCGACCCAAGCGGCAGCCGUCCGUGAGGCUACAGAGGGUCCUACGCAGGAGAGCCAGGGGGAAAACACUCAGCCUGGCGCAUAGACGUCUGCUCAACCGCUUCCAGAAGUCGGCCUCGGUGCUGAUGGCCACCUGUCACACUUGCAACAAGACGUCCAGGCACAGAGGACUGAACCGAGAGUUCUUACCCGCCUUGGCUAAAAGGGACUGCGCUCCAGGGAGUGCGGGCAAACGUGCCAAGACCCCGCAGUCGGCCAACAGAGCCCCCGCGACCACGCCCAAGACCCCCAGCCACACCCCCAGGUCUUCUCACUCCAGCACUCCUGCAUCAGCCUCCUCCUCCUCCUCCUCCUCCAAGACCUCCAGGGCCAAAACCUGGGUGGUCCAGCGUCUCAGCAAGAUCCUCAGUCAGGAGGACAAGCCCAGCAGCAAGAAGGGGAGCUUAAAGGACUUCCUCUCCUCGCUUUGAGUCGCAUCUUUGACAUCUUUUGCCCCCCAAAAAAACCUACUUUGAGGUUGUCAAGCCAGUGUGGGAGGUGCUUCAGUGCGCCCACCAGCGCCCCCUUCAAGGUGUGUGUUGUCACGCCAUCCUCCGCCGAGCAAGUGUUUUUGCUCCACUCUGUGUCGAAUAUUUGAGGAAUUGUUGAGUCAGGAGUUACUGUCAAUUCCGGACUAUAAGCCGCUACAUUUUCCCUACGCUUUGGGCCCUGCGGCUUGUAGAACGGUGCGGCAAAUUUAUGGAUUUUUCUUAAUGUUUUCUGUUCAAUGUUUUCUUUAAACACAAGCAGAGACUCUUUAAAAAAAUAUUGUUUGUGCUAUGGCGCCAUCUUUUGGCUGCAGGUGAAAAUGUACGUCCUGUUUCAAUGCUUUGAACCGGAAGUAAAAUGAUUGGAUUGAUUCUCAUCAUUUUAAGCAACGUUAGCACGUUUUACAAUAUAACUAAAACUAGUCUUACGUACUAAACAGUCGCCAUGUGUGACGUCUGUAGGAGUGUUUUCAUGCAUAUUUGUACGUGCUAUCGGAAUGUACUCAAGCUAGCGUCGUUGGCAUUAGCAAACAUGCUAAGACACGGCACAGGAGCCAAGCGUGCAGGUUUUAACAAGGUUUUAAUAAACGUAGGUUUUUAACAAAAGUUUUCUCCAGCUGAACGCGACCUUUCAGUCACGUCCGUAUCCUCUGUCUCCUCCUGCUCCCGGCCGCUCACUGUUAAAGACAACAGGUGAUUAGAUUAACACGUACCAGCCGUGAAAUCUAAUCACCUGCCAGCUGUGUCUCGCCGUCAGCACAUGCCCCGCCCCCGUCUGAUGGUGCUCUGUCCUCAGCACCAUGGACAGAGGCGGUGACCUUUGCUCCUGCAGGCAGCGCUUUCACAAAUUCCUCAGUAAAUUCACCUGAACGUCACCGUGGAGUUAUCGAGUCCGCUUAGCUGAUUGGAGGGCUAGCUUGCGCAGCUCGUGGGUCCAUGACCAUGAAUUCUGUUUUGUUUGAUUUGUUUGAUUGUUACAGACGUCGUUUGGAAACAAUUAAGAUAUGUGAACGUUUACAAAAUAUUUACGUGUAAAUAACUAAUUUCACUACGUGUACAUCUGCGCCUAAUACAUGGAAAAAUAUUUUUUUCUUUUAAAAUUUAGUGGGUGUGGCUUAUGUAGUCCGGAAAAUACGGUAUUUCCUUGGUGUUAGCUCACUCAAUAAAAAUGUCGCUAGAGCUAAAACUGUACCUUGUUAACCGCCUAGUGCUAGCAGUUUUUUACUGUUGUUACUGGGUGCGGCUUAUAGCUCGGUGAGCUCUAUAGACAGAAAAAUACGCUAUAUUUAGUGUCUUUGUGAGCUGGUCAAUAUGCAAAAAUAACAUUUGCAUUUCUUUCUUUUACAUUAGCCUCUUUUUGCUUUUAUUUAACAUAAAACAUGUAAAUAAGAGUCACUGCCAUAACAUGAGGUUUUGUUUUUUUUUAUUUAGCUUAUUUGCUGCAACACAUUAAUAAUUUCUGUCAUCUUUUAUUUUGUUUGUAUUUCCAUUGUAAAUGACACAUUUCCUAAAUAUUUAUUAGAAGAUAUUAUAUUGCGGGGGCUUAUUUCAUUGUAACAAAUCACGUAAUAUUAUACUAUUCCGAGAAGUUAACAGCAUUUAUGUUUCAAAAUAAGCUCCAUUUUUGUUGGGUUUUGCCAUAAUUAUUGCAUCAACAUUUGAAUGAUUUCCAAUGGUGAUGUUUGUCAUUUGUCUACCUGGUUUUUUAAGUGUUUUUUGGUAAUUAUUGGCGACAAUCCAAAUACUUUUUCUGCUUUUUCUAUGGUCUUCAUCAUAUUAUAGUGAUGUAUUACGCUUCAAUUUGAAUACCUCAAAUUUUUACUUCUUCUUCGAUGUGACUCUGAAAUAAACAAUUUCAUAUAGCAAA